GUGGCCGUUGAUCUCACGGUGAACGGGUCCAGGUAAUCCAGUCGUUCGCUCAAGGCACAAUGGCGAAGCAGGGGAAGCAGAUAUCAUCCCGCCACCGCGCCUGAAGCUAUGGCCAUGGCGCCGUUUCCGCCGCCGCCUCUCCUCGCCUCGCACGCCGCCGUCCGAGCCGCAGCCUCACGCGUCGCCGCGUCCCGGCGUAUCCGCGUCGCCGGCGAAGACUGCCACCACCACCCGCCGCAGGUCGCGGCCCUCCGGCGCGGCGACUGGGUGAAGCUCAUCUGCGGCGCCAGCUUCGAGGAUGCUGCCGAUGUCCGGAAUCUCUCCCUUGUCUACACGCUUGCUGGAGUGGAUUGCAUAGAUUGUGCAGCAGAUGCAUCUGUAGUCAGUGCCGUGAAUGAAGGUAUUGAUGUAGCAGCCUCAAUUGUACCAGAAGUUCAAAGGCCUUGGGUGAUGGUUAGCGUUAAUGAUGAUUGCAGAGAUCUUCAUUUCCGCAAAGCUGAAUUUGAUCCUGAAGAUUGCCCACCGGAUUGCUCAAAGCCAUGUGACAAAGUUUGUCCUGCUGAUGCAAUAUCACUUAAGAGGGUCAUGGUUGGAGGAGAACAUGCUCAGUCCGAUCCAAUAUGUGAUAAACUUGAGGUAUCUAUUGGUUUGGUUACUUUUAUGCUUUUGUUUUAUCUCUCCAUGAUCUCGUGUCUCGUGCAGGGCGGUGUCAUUAUGGAACGAUGCUAUGGUUGCGGUAGAUGCUUAUCAGUUUGCCCUUAUGACAGAAUAAGAGCUAUGCCCUAUGUACGAGAUCCUGCCACAACAGCUGAACUGUUGAAAAGGAGUGAUGUUGAUGCAAUAGAAAUACAUACCACUGGAAAGGGAAUCGAUAUGUUCAAUACUCUCUGGAACAGCUUGGGUGAGUCAAUCAAUAAUGUGAAGUUGGUCGCAGUAAGCCUGCCUAAUGCUGGUGCAUCAACAAUUGAUUUCAUGAAUGCAAUAUACACGAUCAUGCAGUCGAAUCUGGAAGGGUAUAAUCUUUGGCAGUUAGAUGGUCGUCCUAUGAGCGGUGACAUCGGUCGAGGUGCAACAAGGGAAACCGUUUCUUUUGCUGUUGAUCUGACUUCAGUACCAGAUAGCUCUCUUGGCUUUUAUCAGCUGGCUGGUGGCACCAACUUAUACACUGUAGAUUGCUUAAAGAAAGCUGGUCUUUUCAAGGCUAGGACUUUACCUGGGACAAGAACCACUGAAAAGGUUGGUUCCCAGGAAGCUCUAAUAGGAGGAAUAGCUUAUGGUGGCUAUGCUCGCAAGAUUGUUGGAAGAGUUCUGCGCAAAAUACCAUCAGAACUUGGGCGCGUAUGCAUCGAGGAUCAUCCAGGAUAUCUCCUAGAGGCAUUGCAGGAAGCCUUGUCCUUAGUAGGCCCUGUGAAGGGUUAUUCAGCUCUGGAAACAUGAGUAAAAAUGUCAUCGCUCAGCUCUUUCCCGAUUAACAGGGGUGCUGCUGCGUGAUUCAAAUAGAGCUUUCAUAGCUGCAUCCUGUUCUUUCAAGGAGUAUGCCACCUGUUGAGGAUAUAACCAUUAGAGUCACCCGCCCAGGAGGGGCCGGAUUAUGUCAUAAUGAUCAUCACGUGAAGCCCAGUACCAAGCUUGAGGAUGGCGGUUCA